AUGAAGAUCCUUGUUGGAAGACUUCAUUUCUGCUUCAUUUCUUUCUUAUUCAGUAGAGCAAAUGGAUUCCUGACUCUGAGAACACCUACAGCCUGUGCCUUACUGGCAUGUAACUACUCCUAUUUAAACCUCUCUUCUGUACCAGAAGCACAAGCUCCAAAAACAGCAAGAGCUCUCAAUUUCUCACAUAACCUAAUUGAAAAAAUAACCAAGAGAGACUUGGAAGGUUUUGAGGCUUUGGAAGUUUUAGACCUUUCCUACAAUCAGAUUAAGGACAUUGAACCUGGUGCAUUUGAGAGUUUGCCCAGCCUUAUCUCUGUGAAUUUAUCAUUUAAUGACAAGAAACUUCUUAUCUUGGGUAUUCCAUCCAGCCUGAAUCUCUUAGACACCAGCAAAGCCUUGGGCUCUUUGCAACUUUAUGAAUAUUUUGACAAAUCCUCAGGGGCUGCUCUGGAACCUGCCAAGAAGCUGCCACAUUCAGGAGGUCCAUCUGUCCUGCAUAAUAUUCACCCAAGGCUGAGACGAAGUACAGAGAAUCUUCUUCAAAGAGGAGAGAAAAACAAAACAAACUCUCUGGCAGGCACACUACAGCCCAACCUCUGUGCAGCACCAACAAAUGGGAUGCUCAAUUUGUCACACAGCAAACUCUCUGAGGAAGAGCUGAUGUUAAAACUGGAUUCAUCUCUCUGCCAAGCUCAGCUGGACAGCAUUUUGGAGCUUGACAUUAGUCAUGGUGACCUGGAAAUGGAUCUUCUGUCACUCUUCACCCUGGUUUUGCCAAUGACAAAUGUGCAGUACAUUGAUGCCAGUUGCAACAAAUUAACAAUUAACAUUCUUGAUGUUGAGGCGAUCUGCAAAUUCCCCUUCAGCAAGCUUUUGUUUCUAAACAUUAGCAAUAAUCCCAUAAACAACCUGGAUACACUGUGUCUGCCUUCAACCAUCAAGAUCAUUGAUUUGUCCUUCACCAACAUAAGCCAGAUACCCCCAAAUUUUGCUACAAAACUCUUUAACUUAGAACACAUGUAUGUACAAGGAAACCACUUCAUCUACACUGCACGCCCAGAAGUCACUGAAGAGGUCCCAAAGCUUUCCUCUGGCACUGUACACAUUAACGCCAUUUCAUUCGUCAGAAACCAGGCUGGCACCCCCAUCGAGAGCCUUCCCAAGAAACUCAAACACCUGAAAGUGUCCAACUGUUCCAUUGUAGAACUGCCAGAGUGGUUUGCUGACACAAUGAGAGAACUACUACUUUUGGAUCUCAGCAGCAACAGGAUUUCUGUGGUUCCUGACCUCCCUCCCUCCCUGCGGCAUCUCGACGUAAGCAAUAGUGAUAUUAAAAUGAUACCCCCUGGUUUUAAAUCUGCCUUUAACUUAACCAUACUUAACAUUCAAAAUAAUAAAAUCACAGAUAUGCACCCAGAGUAUUUCCCCUUGACUUUAACAAAAUGUGAUAUUAGUAAGAAUAAGUUGAACCUGCUGCCAUUAACUGAUGCCCUAGAGAAACUUGAACAUUUGAAUGUUUCUGGAAACCUCAUCACCAGGCUGGAGCCCACCAGCCACCUUUCUGCACUCACUAACCUGGACAGUAGCCACAACCUGAUUUCAGAGCUCCCUGAUCACUUUGGUAAAUCUCUUCCAAUGCUGAAGUAUUUUAAUUUAUCAGGGAAUAAGAUCUCCUUCCUACAGCGUGGCUCUCUCCCAACUUCUCUGGUUGAGUUAGACAUCAGUGAUAAUGCCAUUACCACAGUGGUGGAAGACACUUUUGGUCAGUUAUCAAGUUUGAGUGUUUUGACUGUCCAAGGUAAACAUUUUUUUUGUAACUGUGACUUGUACUGGUUUGCAAACAUCUACAUCCACAAGCCCCAGCUGCAGAUAAAUGGCAAAGGAAACCUCAGGUGCAGCUUUCCACCCGAGCGAAGGGGCUCCUUGGUGGAAAGCAGCAACCUUACGCUUCUGCACUGUUCCCUGGGCAUCCAGAUGGCCAUCACAGCAUGCACUGCCAUUCUGGUUGUUCUGGUACUGACAGGCUUGUGCUGGCAGUUCGAUGGCCUGUGGUACAUGAAGAUGGGCUGGUACUGGUGCAUGGCCAAGAGGAAGCAGUACAAGAACAGGCCAGAAAACAAGCCCUUUGAUGCCUUCAUUUCAUACAGUGAACAUGAUGCAAACUGGACAAAAGAGAAUCUACUUGAAAAACUGGAAACGGAUGGAUUCAAAAUUUGUUACCACGAGAGGGAUUUCAAACCAGGGCAUCCUGUACUUGGUAACAUUUUCUACUGCAUAGAGAACAGCCACAAAGUCAUUUUUGUCCUCUCUCCCAGCUUUGUAAACAGCUGCUGGUGUCAAUAUGAACUGUAUUUUGCUGAACACCGGGUCCUGAAUGAAAACCAGGAUUCCCUCAUCAUGAUUGUGCUGGAAGACCUCCCACCCAACAGUGUACCACAGAAGUUCAGCAAGCUCAGGAAGCUGCUGAAAAGGAAAACAUACUUAAAGUGGAGCCCUGAGGAACACAAACAGAAAAUAUUCUGGCGACAGCUGGCAGCUGUCCUAAAAACAUCCAACGAACCACUUAUGAGAACAGAAAAUGGAUGCACUCAGGAAGCAUAUGAGAUGGAAUGA